CAAAUAAAUAAAAUGUUUCUACCACCAGUUCUAUGAUAUUGUUAUCAUAAUGCAUGCAUAUAAAGAAAAUUGGUUUUAGAGAUGUUAAUUCCUUGCCCAAGAUACAUGAGAGAAGUAGGAUAUGAAUUUACAGCAUUGACUCUAAAAGCCAUGCACUUUCUUCUAAGUGAGGAAAGAACACUGUCUAUUCCCGAAAGAAAUGGGCAUGGGUAUGAACAUAAAUAAGUAGAGACCUGAGGUAGAUUAACCAAAAGAAUCUGUCCAGUCUACUACUGACAGAUAAGUUCCUUAUAUAAUUUUUUACUUUCUUAGGUACUAUAUAUGGUUUAAUGAAGAAUGAGAAUCACACUGUGGUGAGUGAGUUUACUUUCCAGGGUUUCACCAGCUUCCAUGAGCACCAGCUCACCCUCUUUAUUGUGUUCUUUUCACUGUACACAUUAACCCUGGCAGGCAAUGUCAUCAUUGUGACCGUCAUUAGCGCUGACCAUCACCUCCAUACCCCCAUGUACUUCUUCCUCAGCAUGCUGUCAGCCUCAGAGACCGUGUACACACUCAUCAUCAUACCCAAGAUGCUCUGUAACCUCGUAGGCCUGAGUCAGCCCAUCUCCUUGGCAGGUUGCGCCACUCAGAUGUUCUUCUUCAUCACUUUAGCCAUCAACAAUUGCUUCCUGCUCGCAGCGAUGGGGUACGACCGCUAUGUGGCCAUCUGCAACCCCUUACGGUAUACAAUCAUGAUGAACAAGAGGGUGUGCAUCCAGUUGGUAUGGGGGGCCUGCAGCAUUGGCCUAAUUGUGGCCAUGACACAGGUGUCAGCUGUGUUCAGGCUGCCCUUCUGUACCACAAAGGUGGCCCACUUCUUCUGUGACAUCCGCCCUGUGAUGAAGCUCUCCUGCAUUGACACCACUGUCAAUGAGAUCCUGACGUUGAUCAUCAGUGUCCUCGUCAUCCUGGUUCCCAUGGGUCUGGUUUUCAUCUCCUACAUCCUUAUCAUCUCCACUAUCCUUAAAAUUGCCUCUGCUGAGGGCCGGAAGAAGGCCUUUGCCACAUGUGCCUCCCACCUCACUGUGGUCAUUGUCCACUAUGGCUGUGCCUCCAUUGCCUACCUCAAGCCCAAGUCAGAGAACACGAUGGAUCAGGAUCAGCUGAUCUCAGUCACCUACACUGUCAUCACCCCCCUACUGAACCCUGUGGUGUACACCCUGAGGAACAAAGAGGUCAAGGAUGCUUUGUUGCGGGUCAUUGGCAGGAAGCUUUCCUGACAGGAUUGGCCUGUUGCAAAGAGGGUCUUAGAAGAGUCUAUAAAAAAUAAAAAGUAAAGCAGUGCUCACAGUGCCUAGAGUGAAAACUCUGAUGCCUACCAAGCAAUGGCCAACCAUUGAAAAGAGGAGAGGAAAAAAAGGACUAUAAAUUCAGCCCCUGGAAAAAGGGAGAAGGUUUUCCAAAGCACAAGCAAGCCUGCAUCUCUCAAGAGAUCAUGGAUGGUAUGGAGCAUCAAAUAUAGGAGAAAGAACUUGAUUGGGGGAAAUAGAUGGGCAGUUUGCACAUCCUGGGACAGAAUGAGAGCAAGACAGUAGGAAGAAUUAGUGAGGGGAGGCUACUCCAAAGCAGAACUAAAGUUUUAAAUAUAUUUUAUAACACUCUUUCUUGGACAUGGGGUUCCCUCUUAUCCAUUUAGAGUUACAUAGGUUUAACACCCAAUUGAAGUCAUUCCUUUAUGGACAGUUCAAGUUCCUUGCAUCUGAGACACCAUAAUCAAUGGAUACUGAAGACAAUAAGCAUCUAUACAGUUCAUCAGCCUUUGAAAUCUGGAUCUUUUUCACAUAAGUACCAGGUUGGCCAUUUGGGAAAAUGCAGUCUUCAGUUUUCAGGACCAUGUAAGAAAAAUCUUUUUUUUGGAAAACAAUUAAAAUACCUUGAUGAUUUAAAGAAAGAGGUUAACACCAAGUAAUCAUAUUGGCAUUUAUGAGAAGGUACAAAGGUUGUUGGUGGUAAUAUAUGUAAAUGGUUCACCCAGUAGAAAAAACUAGCCCUGCUUUGGAAAUACUUGCAGAAUGGGUAGAAAUAGCUAGUAGACGGGAAUACAAUAAUCCACAAUAAGGAUUAGUCAGACGAGAGGACUGAGAAAAUUUGGAUGGCUAAGGAAAUAGCCACAUGGUAACUUAGUGAAUCAACAAAAGAAAAAGACUCAAACCAUCAACCUUAUCAUUCCAGACCCCCUAGGGCUUGAAUUAAUAAGGCACCUUUCACUAGUCACCUCCUUCCAGUGCCCCUCCCCCAGCCUUUCAUCCAGCUCCAAUAACACCUUGGAGCUGGAUGAUAACAACACCUAGUGACUUGUGGUUUCCCAAGAUUUCAUAGUCUCAUGUUUUUCUACAGCUUAUUGCCACCUAAUGGAAACCCCUUACUGCCAUGCUCACUGCCCACUCAGCCAGGGUACUCUCCUUUUAAAACACCAAACAUCUCUUUCAUGAACCCUCUAGUGAAGAAUAAAUAACUCCCCCACACUACCUCCAAACUCAUACAUUCAUUAUAUUACUAUAGUGAACAUCUCCCACAAUGUCUUUAUGGAUGAAAGUGUGAAAUGGGCAGUGAGCGAUGUUGUCACUUGGUGAAGUCUUAGCUAGGUGGACAAUUAAAUGUCUCACUUGUACCAAGUGAUGUGUUUUUCACAGGCUGUGUUUUCCUUCAUGUGUUAAUUUCAGAAGAUAAGGGUAUGUCCAAAUAUUGUAAUAUCAUAAAUAGCUCAUUAUGGUUCAUUCUUAUAUAAAUUCGAAUAUUUUCUAAAAUUUAUGGUGAAAUCCAGAACCCCCAAAUAAAGCUACCCCAUGUUUGCCAAUGGUCACUUUUAUUUUUACUUAGUAAAUAAAAAGAAUUUAAGACGGCAGCCUCAAAUACAUUUCCCCUCCAUUUAACUUUAUUAAUACUAAUAUAUAUCUGCAAGGUUAGCUACUGAAAAUGUUAGCUAGCAGUUUGUGGAGGCCAACAGAGUAAAGUAGAUAAAAUAUUAGCAUUGUAAGAAAAAGACUCCACCACUUUCCGUCCUGGGUCUCUCUCU